GCCGAGCGGUGAAUGUGACCCAGACCUAGGAUAACAUGUCAUACAUGAUAACGGAAAGUAUAACUAACAUAGGCUCACAACAGUCCACAGUCAGCCUACGCAGCGCGAAUGAUGCUGAAUGAACCGCACGCACAACGUGAGGGGUAGAUCAGAGAGUUUACAGUAUUACUGUAAACCUAUACGUUCUUAACCCCUCUCUGGUGUAGCUCUAGGAUCUCUAAGCCUUUGUGAUCGUGUUGUGAAUCUUCAGGCCUUCGCUCGGGCACAAACCGAAUGUGAUCGACCACCGCGCAGCCGCGCGGAGCCAAAUUUAGGUCGGCCGACGUGCUGCUUCCGUCACGGCGAGCCGAACACACUGAGCGUGCUUGCGUCGCUCGGGGUAGCCUAGGUCUAUUCGUGUUGUUACUGUACAAGCUUUGCUUCUCUUAGAAGGCCUAUUGAUCCAACCAUUUGGGACCAACGUUUGGGUUGUUCGACAAAGUAGGCCUACUAGAAGUACAGUGUGUGUGUGCGUGUAGCAACGCGUUAGAUUUCUCAGUAUUGAAACUACAUUAGCUAAACUGCCUGCCUGUUCCGUUUAUUUCUACAGCUGUGAUUUAUCACAUAUUAUCAGCCCUUCAAACUUCAAGUUGUUUGUCGUGAAAAACUGUCGUCUGAACUCGUUGCUCAAGAGCAGAGAUCGCCACCGUAACCUGUACAUGCACUGCUCUUCAGCGAAUCCCACGUUCUUUCGUGUUCGUUCUGGUUCGCUAUCCUCAACAUGAACGUUAGCGCGGAUUGGGAUAAAGACAGAUGCUUUCGUUUAUUGGAGGAGUAUGAAAACUAUACCGAACUGUGGGAUACACGAAAUGAUUUGUACUACAGCAAAAGUAGGAAAAAUGAUUGCUGGGAGGCCAUUUCAGUGACUAUGAACUGCCAUGUGGACGAAGCGAAGAGGAAGAUGGAAAGUCUGCUCGCCAGCUUCAGGAGAGAAAAGUCAAAAGCAAAGAAGAUAAUUGCCCUUGGAUUAGAAAGAGGCACGCAUGAAGUGUACGAGUCUAAAUGGUUCGCCUUCGACAAGAUGUCGUUUUUAAUGGACAGAUCAAGAGAAAGAGAUGAAGUUCUGGUCUCAACGAGCUCGAAUUUUAUUAUUAGUAAUGCUAGAAAACCUCCUAAACCUAAGAGUACUGAGACUUUAACGUUUCAGGAACCACAGUGUGAAAUCGUUAAACAAGAAAUAGAAAUAAUUGAAGAUGACCCUCCUGACCUCCCUCCUUCAGACAUAGAAUAUAAUGAGGAAGUGAGUGACGAGAUAGAAGACGAAAUUCCGGAAAUGAGCCCAGCAUCACCAGCGCCCUCGAUUUCACCACCAGCGUCGAUUUCAUAUAAUAAGCCUGAUGCGAAGACACCGACUUCCUCUCCUAUCGCUAAGCGGAGGCCAAUUAAAAGGAAAGCAAACGAUCGUGAUAUUUUUUCUCGUUUAGCCAAUCAGUUGAGACGAUCCGACGGUUCUAAUAAUAGUCGCUGUGAUGAAGAGGACGACAAUUUCGAUAUUUUUGGAAAGAACGUUGCGGCCAAGCUACGAUCCAUGUCGAGAGAGCAGCGUAUUUUUGCGGAGAAAGUGAUCAACGAGUCGUUGUAUUACGGAGAGCUGGACUGCCUCACCCAGCUGAGCCGUGUGGAUAUAUAGAGGACAACCAGUAGCCUACCUAAUGUCAGUCUGACUGCUGUGGUGACCAGUGCUUCCACUUCCACAGUUCACAGUUGGCAUCGUUAAAAGUACAUGUGAAACUAAUACGGUAUACAUGUAUACCCGCCCCCUCCCCAAACCCCCAACUGUUUUCCAACACAGUAUCUAUGAUCCGGAGACGUCUCCGACGGAGAUAGACCAAUCAAAAAAUGAUUUUUGCUUCUUGACCAAGUAAAAAAUCUGGGGGUUACAGGGGGGGGGGGGGCAUUACUCCCCGGGACGGUGCCACUUACCGAAGUGUCUGUAGGCCAUUUAGGCCAUUUCCAAAGGGGGGACAUUUCUCGUUCUAAUGCAGAGUAGAAUUGUAAAU